CUGUAUGCUUCACCCUGUAAGCUUCCAUGAUGGUGGCCACGUAGUAAGGAAGAUCAAAACAGAAUCAAUUGCGCUAGUUAACUAAACUAAACGGCAAAAGUAGCGUUUAAAAAGACUGCAAUUAUGGGAGCUGGUUCAUCUUCAGAUGUACCAGGCGGAGGGACGGAAGGAUAUCAUGUCUUAAGGGUUCAAGAAGGAUCUCCAGGUUACAAGGCUGGGUUGGAACCAUUUUUUGAUUUUAUAGUUUCCGUAGAAAACAAUAGAUUGGAUCAAGACAAUGACACAUUAAAAGAAGUUUUGAAAGCAAAUGUUGAGAAACCUGUAAAACUUUUGGUCUAUAGCAGUAAAACCAGAAAAGUGAGAGAGGCAAGUAUCACACCAAGUAAUUUGUGGGGAGGUCAAGGACUCUUGGGUGUUAGCAUUCGUUUUUGUUCAUUUGACGGAGCAGCAGAGAAUGUCUGGCAUGUUCUGGAUGUGAACCCAAACUCUCCAUCAGAUAUUGCUGGCUUGAGACCUCACACCGAUUACAUUAUUGGAGCAGACACUGUGCUACACGAUGCGGAAGACUUCUUCAAUCUGAUUGAUCAGCACGAAAACAAAGCUUUGAAGUUAUAUGUCUACAAUUCAGAAACAGAUGGCUGCAGAGAGGUUACUAUCACACCUAAUAAUAAAUGGGGAGGAGAAGGGAGUAUUGGUUGUGGUAUCGGUUAUGGGUACUUGCAUCGAAUUCCAGUUCCCGAUGUGACAAAACCUUUAAAACCGCCAAUCAUAGCAACGACAACUGCUGGCAUUGCUGCUGGGUUUUCAGAGAUACCACUUGUUGGUGGAGGUUCACCAGCGCCUUUCAACGCAAACACAGGAUUGGAGACGUCAUUGGCGAAUGUCAAUCUCUCACAGCAUCCAAUGACUGCACCGUUAUUAACAAAUAGUCUUCCUCAUAAUUUAUCUCACAUACAACCAAUGGCUACGCCACCUGUCCCGCCUCCGGAAUUUUACAAACCAGUUCCUCAACCAGUUCAACCGCAUGUAUCACCAAUGCUGAGUAAUACUCCUACACCUCUUCCGCCAUCGCAAACACCAAUCUUACCGACAGUUAUGUCAACGCAUGUCGCGUCGCAUUCACCUGACGCCAUGGUCGCUACUGAACCUCAAAACACACCACAACUUGUUACUAGCCCAAUAUCGAAUGGAUUAUCACAUGUCACUGAAGCACCCCAGCUAGAAGCAAAUACACAACCAGCUACUAUUCUUGCACCAGAGGUUUCCCAAACGGAGCCCGGUGUGUUUGUAGCUAAACCUGUACCUUUACUGACCGAUAUUACACAAGGAGCAACACCGACACAGAUUCAGAGUGUACAGCCAGCAGCAGUACCGUCCACAUGAACACUUUAAAUAAAAAAAUAUUUGUAUUUAGGAAUUAUUUAUUUAAUAAAUUCUUGGGUAUUCUUGGGGAAAAUUUGUUUGCGUUCUGUUACAAUUUUAAUGGGAAAUCUAAAAACAAUUCUGACAGAUUAAUUGUUUGUUGAAGAUAUCUGAGUCUUGUGACUCAAUUCAGUUUACGGCUACUUUCUCGCGAUUGGUAUUUUUAUCUUGCGACCGUUAACACAAUUUUUGAAGGGUUAUCAUUGUUAAUCGUUAAGUUAUAGUUAAGCAGUUGUAACUACGACUUUUUAAAGGUCGUAAUACUACUAUAGUUUCAAAGCACGUAUUAUGCUAUCAGCUUGUGGGCUUCUUGUUUUAAACUGUUGCUAACUUUUAAAUCCAAAGGAACUGCAUGUUUCUGCGUAAUUGUAGUGAGGAAAAGCAUGAAAUAUAUAGUAAUCGCUUGAAUUUAUUGAUAAAUUGGUAAAAUUUCCAGUACCUAGCUAGCUGAUAAACUUUGUUCUGUUUUCGGAAAGCAACGAGCAGUUUAUAUAUUUUAGUUGUUCAUUACCUACGAGUCUUUUUAUGAUUCCCUAGAAAUGUUUUUUUCUUUUUCUGUAGAAGGCGACAUUUGUGCAAAAUAAUUGUAAAAUAAAUUUUUACAAAAUAAAUUUCGUUGAUUGUUUACUUUUACAAAAGCAUGCACUUCGGCA